ACACUAACAAGUUGAGAGUUGAUAAGAAAAUAUACUAAAACAUUACUCAACCUGUGCGAUAUCUCUGUAAUGUUGUAUUUUUUUCUUGUAAAUUAUAUCUGAUUUUUUUCAUCUCAUUAUGGCUACAGAUGUUACGGUGAACAGGACCUAUGCACUAACUGAAUUACAUGCCUGCUUUGAGAUUGAUUAUUUUAGUUAUAAACUAACCACUUCAUAUUCAGCCGUAUGUGUGAUUUUAUAUGCUUUCUUGUCACUUUUGUCUCUUGUCACUGUGUGUGGAAACCUCCUGGUAAUAAUUUCUGUCAUUUACUUUAAACAGCUGCACACUCCCACUAACACUCUGAUUAUGUCCCUGGCUGUGGCUGACAUGCUGGUUGGGAUGUUAAUUUUUCCGCUCAGUAUGGUUUUUUCUCUCAGUUCAUGUAUGUAUAAUGUCAAUUUAUUUUGUAUAAUAAGAGACAGCUUUGAUAUAUUGCUUAGCAUAAGCUCCAUUAUGCACCUGUGCUGUAUUUCUGUUGACAGGUAUUAUGCAGUGUGUCAGCCUCUAACAUAUAAAUCUAAAAUCAACAGUCAUGUUGUUGUCAUCAUGAUCGCUGUGAGCUGGGGUGUUUCUGUUCUUAUUGCCAUUAGUGUGGUGACAACUAGAUCAAAUGAUGAUGAAUGUGAGGACAUGUGCUUUAUUGACGUUAUCAUGGCAAACAUUGUUGGACCUUUACUCUCCUUUUACCUUCCGGUGGUAAUAAUGCUUUGCAUUUACCUAAAGAUAUUUAUUGUUGCCAAGAAACAGGCACAAAGCAUCCAAGCCUGGAAGAAAUUUGGAUCAACUACCAAUAAGAUGGAAAGGAAAGCCACCAAAACUCUGGCGAUUGUUUUAGGAGUUUUUCUGUUUUGUUGGGCUCCUUUCUUCCUUUUUUUAACUUUUCAACCAUUAGGAAAGAAUUCAGCACCAGUUUCUGUAAUUGAAACAGUCACUUGGCUUGGGCUGUCAAAUUCUACACUGAAUCCAUUUAUAUAUGGUUUCUUUUACAGCUGGUUCAGGUCAGCCUUUAAAUUGAUUGUUUCUGGGGCAAUCCUAAAACGAGGUGAUGUUAACUUGAAGUUGUGAUAAAGUUUUUUAAGAAACAACUAAAUUUUAAAAAUCUAUAACUUGAAAGGGACUGCACUUUGUAGAAAGAGCUGUACUUUGGUUGAUUUAUGUAAUUUUUGUUAAAUGUUUCAAGAAAUUGCCAAAUAAUAGACUUAAUUGGGAAACAAAACAUAUUUUUUGUGCCAUAGAAUGUCUAGCUUUUUCACAUUAAAUGGGAAGGUUUAAACUGAAUGUCAUGACACUAUAAGAUUUAUUGUAAUACAAAAAAGCUUCCUUAAAAAUCUGCUUUAUGUAGAAUUUGCAAAUAAAAUAGUAUGGCACCAUUACAGAAUGAUAAUCUGGUGUUGCAAAUACAUGUUGAAAUAUUUUUAAUCAUCUCUAAUAAAGAAAUUAAUGUCAUAAUUAAUCCAGAAUCCAUUUCCACAAUAAUUAAAUUAAUUAGAUGAACAUGUAUAAAAAUGGUUUUGAUUAAAGUAGGAUUGGGUAGAAAAUGCUUUCUUAAAUACAGCA